GGAGCCAGCCUGCUCGACAUGUACAUUAACGCCAGCUAUGUCAAACGGCCAGAUUACGUAAGCACCGGUAGAGCCAUCGCCAGCCAGAGUGGCGCCUUGCCUGAAUUCAUUGUUGCGCAGGCGCCGACGGUAAAUACUGCGGCUGACUUCCUUCGCAUGCUCUACAAUCAACGCUCAAAGUUCGUCAUAAUGCUUUGCGAGUAA